UUAUAUUCCAUUCUCUCCCAAAAGGGUCGUGAACAAAGUGUCAACUGUUAACGACGAUAAGCAAGUUUCCUUGCUAAACCCUCAAUCGCAGAAACCAUCAAAAAAACUUUACAAUAAAUUAUUCCAUUCUCUCGCACGCACCAAUUACACUCCGGCGACCACUGCGAGCCGACAAGAGGAUCAAAUUGAAGGUUAAAGAAUAUGCCUUCCGACCAACAUCAGCCCUUACUCGCUUCCGACGAACAAGAAACUGCUUACGAUCCCACCGAAAAAGUACAUGUCGUUGGAGUAGUCGACGACCAAGACCACUUCGAUGAAUACGGCGAUAAAUCACCACCCUUCUCAUGGCGGAAGCUAUGGCUGUUCACGGGACCUGGAUUCUUGAUGAGCAUAGCGUUUUUGGAUCCGGGUAACUUGGAAGGUGAUCUUCAGGCGGGUGCGAUAGCCGGUUAUUCAUUGCUAUGGUUGCUUUUGUGGGCUACGGCAAUCGGAUUGCUCAUUCAGCUUUUAUCGGCUCGGCUUGGUGUUGUCACUGGGAGGCACCUGGCUGAGCUGUGCAGGGAAGAGUACCCAAAUUGGGCGGGGAAGCUGCUGUGGAUCAUGACUGAGCUCGCACUAAUUGGGGCUGAUAUUCAAGAAGUUAUUGGGAGUGCUAUCGCUCUCAAGAUUUUGACAAUUGGGUUUUUGCCCCUUUGGGCUGGUGUUCUCAUCACUGCCUUCGAUUGCUUCAUCUUCUUAUUUCUUGAAAACUAUGGCGUAAGGAAGCUAGAAGCACUUUUUGCAGUCCUCAUUGCAGUCAUGGCAAUCUCAUUUGCAUGGAUGUUUGGUGAAACUAAGCCCAACAUGAAGGAGCUUCUUGUUGGUAUUGUGGUUCCACAGCUCAACUCAAAAACAAUCCAACAAGCAGUAGGAGUUGUCGGCUGCAUUAUAAUGCCACACAAUGUCUUCCUACAUUCAGCACUUGUACAAUCCCGAGAAAUCGAUCCGCGAAAAACGGGUCGGGUCAGAGAAGCAAUCAAAUACUACUCAAUAGAAUCCGCCAUAGCACUUGCAAUCUCUUUCAUCAUCAACCUCUUUGUAACAACCGUAUUUGCAAAGGCAUUCUUUGGAACUGCAAUUGCUGACACAAUUGGUCUUGGAAAUGCUGGGCAGUUUCUAGAAGAUAAAUUUGGUGGUGGAGUGGUCCCCAUUUUGUAUAUUUGGGCAGUUGGGUUGUUGGCAGCCGGGCAGAGUAGUACAAUCACGGGCACGUAUGCCGGGCAGUUUAUUAUGGGCGGGUUUCUUGAUUUGAGAUUGAAGAAAUGGGCAAGGGCUUUGAUUACAAGAAGUUGUGCUAUAGUUCCUACUUUGAUAGUUGCUUUGAUUUUUGAUAGUUCUGAAGACACUUUGGAUAGUCUUAAUGAAUGGCUGAAUGUGCUUCAGUCUGUUCAGAUUCCAUUUGCUCUUAUUCCCCUUUUGUGUUUGGUGGCUAAAGAUGAUCUCAUGGGUGUUUUCAAGAUUGGCCCUUUUCUAAAGACAAUCUCAUGGCUUGUGGCUGCUUUAGUGAUAGCAAUAAACGGGUAUUUAUUGCAACAAUUUAUUGCUGAAGAAGUGAGUGGAGUGGUGCUUACUUCUAUAGUCAUAAUAUUCACUGCAGCAUAUGUUGCAUUUGUUGUGUACCUUAUCUGGCGAAGCAUUACUGUUUCUACAUUCGGUUUCUUGAAGCCAAAUAGUCAAGUAAUUUAGAGCUUUACACGAAGGUAUAUAUAUGUAUUAUUUUUGGGUUAUUUUAUUGACAUAAUGUUAGGUCUAGCAAAGAAAAAAAGGUCAGAUAUGACAUUGUUAUGUUGAAGCAAACUAGCAAUGUAGUAAACUGUCAUUGUUGGUUACCUUUUUUAAAGGCUGAUUAUGUUGCCUGUAAUGUAUG